UAUGACAAAUUGACAACAGUUGUAGCAAAGUGCGAAGUCCAGAACAGUUGAUAGUUGAUUGCAUCUGCAUCUCUGUGUUGUUUGUUUCACAUCAAAACAGAACAGUAACUCGUUCUGAAGGAUGGGUAGCAACAGUUUGAGGUACGAGAUCGCGCAAAACGCAUACAUCAAACUCGUUCUGCACUCCCUCAAACACCCAACCUCCGCCGUCAACGGCAUCUUGAUCGGUCGCAUCUCCCCUUCCAACGACGUCGUCGAGAUCGCCGAUGCCGUCCCUCUCUUCCACUCUCACAUCCCUCUUCUUCCCCAAUUGGAGAUAUCUCUCAUUCUGAUAGAGGAGUAUUUUUCUGCGAAAGGGUUUAACAUAGUGGGCUAUUUUCACGCGAAUGAGAGAUCUGAUGACAGUGAGCUUGGUGGUGUGGCCAAGAAUAUUGGUGAUCACAUCUGCCGCUACUUUCCCCAAGCUGCAGUUCUAUUGUUAGAUAACAAGAAGCUUGAUGCUUUGAAAAAGAGCAAGGAACGUAGUGCCAUAAUGCAGCUUUAUGUUAGGGAUACAUCUAAGAACUGGAAGUUGGUUCAGUCAGAUGCUAACAAUCGAUUCUCUCUCAAAGAGCCUACAGCAAAUAUAGUCUUAUUGGACUAUAUUUCAUCUGAGAAAUGGAAUGCCAUUGUGGAUUUUGAUGAUCAUCUCGAUGACAUAAGCAAGGAUUGGCUAAACCCAGGGCUCUUCAACUGAUCCCUUAUUGUCUCCAUUUUUGCCCUAUUUACUUUGCAAGUGGAGGAUGUUCAGGCUUAUUAUGGUGCAUAUGUUGGAUUCUCAAUGAUGAACAAUUAGGGACUAUAUUUUGACCUUAGGAAAAGUUUUUUCACGAGGUUUUCCCAGUUGUAUAAGCAGGAUAUUUAUUUACCACCCAAAGAUUUUGGUUGCAGAGACAAUUCUUUUUUUUUUUUUUUGCUUGACUUCUCUUUUCAGAUUUAUGUUUGUAAGUUAUCGCUCGGGCCCAAGAUUUUUCUAUAAAAAAAUGUCUGAGGAAAUUAUUAUUAA